AAAUAUUAAAUUGGCGCCGGAGGCUUUUGGGAAGGGAAUCAUUCCAUAUGAUCUCCAGAGGAAUGAUAGGAUAGAGCGCACAAAGUGUAGCCAAGUCGGGGCUGGACCACUCUUUCCUGCCUUUUCCUCCGGCUCCAUAGAAUCCGCGUAGAGUAUGAGAGCUACUGCUAAAAAGGCCGAGGCCCAAGGGCACUCUCGAGGCUGGGCCAUGCUCGGGACCGACGGUCCCGAAGGCCAAGGUUGUUAGGAGCCGGGGUGGGCGUGCGGGUCUUUAACACCUUUGCGUUUUUCUACGGUUGGAAAGAAACGCGAUACAGUGAUUUCUAACAAAAACGCGACACGUGGCUCGGCGGAGGUCUGGGCGUCCAGGUCCUUGUCCCUAGAGCAGGGUAGGUACCUAGAGUCGCCCGCUUGGCUCGCCCGCGCGCCCUCGUCGGUCACCCGUUAUUCUCCCUGGCACAGAGCGAUGUCCCGGCUCCUUUCUUAAAAGGACCCCAGCCUCCCUCAGUCUAUGGAGGAUAGAGCUAUCCGACGUUCGUUUGUUCCUUCUGCUCACAUUCUCCUCCCCACAGCGGCAGACGUCGUAGAAGAAGAGGAAGACGAAGAAGAAGAAGCAGCAGCAACAGCAGCAGCAAGUUCAGUGGCCUUCGCGUGCUGCGAGUGCUGAGUGCUGAGUGCUGAGUGCUGAGUGCUGAGUGAGUGCUGUGCAUGCAUUCACUGCCAAUCCGACUCUGCGCCUGCGAUGAGUAAUUGCUCACGGAUUCCCGUGAGUUUCUGAUAGUACCGCACCGCACCAUCCCAUAUGUUAGGCACGGAGAUCCUCAGAGCAAAUGCACCGAGAGUCCGUGAUCACUCGUACCGUCCAUCCCUGCACCAGCUCGAGGCGAGCUGACGUCCCGCAGUCCAUGUGAUUCUACCGAAUUCUGACCCGAGUUCGUGAUCGACCCACCAUAUAAACCCCCGGCUGCGUCUGUGAUUCUUUGCUGAGGGAGCCGACGGGAAGCAAAGGGGAGGCGAGGGAAGGCAAGGGAAGGGAAGGGGAGGGAAUGCAUCCGAGCUCCGGGUAUUCGCCUUUGCACAGCUUACGAGGUUGAUAGUAUGCAUGUGUCUGUGCCUGUGCCCUGUGUGCGUUGGGAUGUUCGCUGCUGUAAUUCACGGGCUGUAGGUAGCGAGAUAGAUGUUGCAGUUGGAGUGCUGUGCGCAUCCGGCCAAUUCAUUAGAGGUUCGCACUGAGCAGAUUCGAAACGUGCCGAUCAUUAUGUCACACAAGAUAUAGCCCACCACGGGGCCCCUGGAAUACAAGAAGUCGACAGGGAGACCGGCGACGGGCGUCCCUCCAUCAGCCUCGUACGUGAAAAUGCACUCGCAUCCGCUGUCUGGAGUCGCCUUCGCUCCGAGCUCGAAGCGAUCGUCGCCCCAGGACGGAAGAACGCGAUUGUUACAUGGACGGGUCAAGAGCCGAUCAAUCUCCUUCGAAUUCAAAUGUCGCUAGGUGGCGAGCUUACCGACGCCCUCUACGCUUUACGACCUGACACGACCGGCUGGGAGAAGUUUUGCAUCGCCGCUUACUCCACAUGCCUACAGAUGCUGGCUUGACGACUUGCACCUGGUUUCCAUGCUGAUCUCCCGAGAGAUUGUACGAGGAGAAUUUUCAGGAUACGUGCGCCGAUACUUGCCGUGAGCGAACGAAUUUCCAGUUUCUUGCUUCUUGUGUCGUCAUCGUGAGGAAAAUGGUGGCCAUUGUACCCACGCCUGGGUUCGAGGGGUUCGAGAAGAGGCUGGAGAUAGAGUUCUCUCCAGCUCCAGGCUCCGGCAAUCGAGCACCCGGGGAUCUUCGAAGGCUGUCCAGACCCCAGCUGAAUGAAUUGCUGAAACACGCAGAAUGUACCAUCGUGUCCGAGCUCAAGAGUGAAGGCUGCGACUCCUACGUUCUAUCUGAGUCGAGUCUCUUCGUGUAUCCUCUGAAGAUGGUUCUCAAAACCUGCGGCACGACGCAGCUGCUCAAAGCCGUCCCGAGUCUGCUCGAGUUCACCUCGGAAUUGGAGCUCAAAGCGAUCAAGUGCAAGUACACUCGCGGCACGUUCAUGUUCCCAGGAGUUCAGCCUUUUCCGCACAACAGCUUCGAGGACGAGGUCCAAUACCUGGAGCGCUACUUCGGGUACCUCGGAGGAAAGGCGUAUGUGCUCGGGGACCUGAACAUGCUGCCGAAUUGGCACUUGUACGUGGCCUCCGAGGCUCGCAGCGCCGAGCCCACAUUCACGCUGGAAAUGUGCAUGACCGAGCUCGAUCAGACCCAGGCUCAUAAAUUCUUCAAUGCGGAUGGGUCUCUGGCGGGCCUGCAGAUGACCAAGGCGUCGGGCAUUGACAAGCUUCUUCCCAACGCGGACAUCUGCGACUUCGCGUUCACCCCGUGCGGCUAUUCGAUGAACGCGUUGGAGGGAGGAGCGCAUUCCACGAUUCACGUCACUCCGGAAGACAACAUGAGCUACGCAAGCUACGAGUCCAUGGGCUACGGACCCAAGGAGAUGAAUCUGCAGGAGCUGGUGGAUGGGGUCGCGUCUGUAUUCAAGCCGGCGAAACUCGCCAUGAGCGUGUUUCUGAACAACGCAGAAUUCGCAGAGAGCGGGUCCUGGGGUGCGGCGGUUGCACCUGCUGGGUACACUUGCGUGGGCUCGACUCGGCAGGAGCUCUCAUUCCAGGGCGUGGUGGUGUUCCACACGUUUGAAUUGGUGUCCGAGAAUUCGACCCGACACCUGCCCUCUGUCCUGGUCAUGCCGCUGAUUCAACCGGCCAAAUGCGAUCUGAUCGAGAGGUCGGCGAUGAAGAAAUGCGCAGACGUCUUCUGUGCGUGCAAUGUGCAGCUGGUCAAGGAGAUCACGUACCAUUUCAAGGGACGGGAGAUCAUGAAAGUAUUCGCCGCUACUAAUGCAAUGACUUCCACGUACAAUUCGGACGGGGCUGCGCCGGAUCCAGUCCUCCACACUCUACUUCCCGGCUCUCCCAGCGAAUGCCCUUACAAAGCGCUGGCGGAAUCCGAAGUAUGCCAGUACCUGCUGAUUGCGGCCCGAAGGCGAGGGCUCAAAGUGGUCGGAGCUGCAAUCCAGAUGCAGCUGGGCAGCGGGGCCUUUGACACGGGCUGCUUCGCUGAAAUCGUCGAGUCCGCGGCAAUUUUCUUCCACUCGGCUGCGAAUGCGGCGACCCCGGCCCUGAGCCCGUCCGAGGUGGCCCAGCACGAAUCGAAAUUCAAGAGGCACGCAGCCCUGGGGCCGCCCGUCAACCAGGCGCUCUUCGUGGACGAUGCGUGCGCGCUCGCGACUCGCACCGGCAGCAGCGGCAGCAGCAGCUGCUGGGCGCCCAAGUCGAACAACGGAAUCUACAGUCAAUGACCGGAUUCCUUGGGGGAAUUCACUGAACCUUAUCAGCCGACAGACGUGCGGCCUCUGUCGGCUGGAUCUGGUCCAGGAGUACAAUCGCAAUGAUCACUCACUCAGAUAGGUAGUGGACAUUUUGCUCCGAGAGAGAAUUUUCAGCCAUCCCGCUCUUUCUGCUCCGCCUUCACUACCUUACAACAGCGGUUCGGUCAGCAACUUUUUUAGAAAAAAGUCGGGUCUGUGCAGUUAGUAUGUCAAUUUUUGCCAUGGGGGGUUACUUGAGUGGAGUACAUAGGAGGAAGGAUUUGACAAAAACUGAGAAAAAAAAAAACCAUCAAACAGAGGAAGUCCUUUACAAUAACAAACAGGAAGUUACUCACUUGUAUCAUACGUAGGCCUACAAAAAUUUGCUGCAGCUCUCUUUUACAGCGUUCUUCGCGCAUACCUUUCUACACGAAAUGCAUCCGGUUCGGACUAAAUGCAAUUU